CUCGUGAGGAACACGUUACUGUCAUAUAGCUAGUGCAUUGCCACUAACAAGAAUGAUCUUCAUGUUGUAGAUCAGUGCUAGCUUGUGCUUUUUCGAUUUUUUCAUAAAAUAUCCAAGUAAAAUCGCUUGAUAAAAUUACUGACAGAAAGUAAUAAGUUUACUGCACUGUAUGUUUAACCGGAAUUCCACUAUUCCAGUCAUGUUAUUCUAUUUUGUGUUGCUAUUUCUUUCWUUUAUGGAUGGAACCGAAGGAAAGAGAACUGUUCAGCUUUACACAGACCAAAAAGAUGACUUACACAUAGAAGUUGGUCAUCCUGGAAUGUUUGAGUUAUUUGCCAAAGAAUCUAUUGGUACAUCUGAAUGGGACGCACAUUUGAAUAGCAGUAAGCCUAAGAUUGCUGGACUAGUAGAAGAUAAUGUUAUCCUGGAGCACUCCAGUGGUAAAGACUGCAUAGGUGAAGUAAGGUUUCAUGGUCUUAGUGUUGGAAAAUCAAUUAUUACAAUCCGAAAUGUUACAAGGACAAAUGAGAGUCAAGCUGGUACAGUAAUAGACUUUCAUGAUGUCAAGGUUGUUGUGCGAAUUGUGCAUUGGCCAUCUUUAAUCAUCAUUAAUGCUGUGAUUGGAUGGAUCUAUUUUGUGGCGUGGUCUGUUUCUUUUUAUCCUCAGGUUUAUCUGAAUUGGAAAAGAAAAAGUGUUAUUGGUCUCAAUUUUGACUUUAUUGCCUACAAUAUCACUGGCUUUGUUGCAUAUGGUCUGUUUAAUGUCGGCAUGUAUUGGGUUCCUACAGUUCAGCAUCAGUAUGAAGCAAAACAUCCUGAUGGUGUAAAUCCAGUUCAGCUGAAUGAUGUCAUCUUCACACUUCACGCUGUCUUUGCUACCUUGUUAGUUAUUAUUCAGUGUAUUAUAUAUGAUAGAGGAGACCAAAAGUUGUCCAAAAUAUGUUCAGUACUUGUAGGUGGAGCCUGGUUGUUCUCUGCAAUUGCACUUGUGGUCACUCUGUUUAAAAAAAUAACUUGGCUGACUUACUUAUAUUACUUUUCUUAUAUAAAGAUUGGUGUAACUUUUAUCAAAUAUAUACCUCAGGCAUAUAUGAACUUCAGAAGAAAAAGUACAGUUGGGUGGAGUAUAGGAAAUGUUCUGCUUGAUUUUACUGGUGGAUCUUUCAGUAUAUUACAAAUGUUUUUAUUAGCAUAUAACAAUGAUGACUGGUCAUCMAUCUUUGGAGACUUUACUAAGUUUGGUUUGGGUGCUUUGUCUAUGCUGUUUGAYGUACUUUUYAUUGURCAACACUAUUGCUUGUAUAAUACAUCAAAAGACGGKUAUGUUGCUAUUGGAGRACGUGAAGAGGUUGKUGUUCCAGAGGAAUCACUGAAUAGACCUAUUGAGGGAUCACAKGAGCCUAACAAAAAGAACCACAUCUUUGUUUGAUAACUCAACACAUUGAUUGAACAACAAA